AUGUUUAAGGACCUUCAUGAAAAAAUCUUGAAUAUCUUUGCAGAAGAUCAUCAUAGGAAAAAAUCUUCAGACAACACAAAAAUUAUCACAAAUGCAGUCAAGAAUGCAAAGUUUCAGCUUGGACCUGCUUUUGUUGGAUUUUUGAAACUAUCAUAUCAAGAUCAUUGCUCUCAACAUGAUUGUACACCUAUCUUACAAAGUGGUUUAGCACUUCUAGAAAAUUAUCUCUACCAAUGGAGAGACUUUUUGAAAACCAAAAAGUCUUCUUUGUGGUUUUCCAAACAAGAACAGUCAAUAUUGCAAAUUGACUGGUCCAACAUAGGAGAUGCACUAUAUUAUAUAGGGAGACGGCAGUCCACAGAUGUCAUGCCCACACAGCUCUUAAAGUAUCUUAUUGAGCUUUGGUACAGCCAUUCUAACACAGGAGAAGCAGGAAUCAGUUCUGUGGGAUUCAAGCUGCAAGCACCAAACUUGAGUUUAGUUGAAGAAGCUUACAUCACUUACCUAUCAAAGAUGAAAAGAGGGUACAUUGAUCUUUGGAAUAUUGAAAAUGAUAGGGGAAGUAGCUACAAAAAUAAAAGAAGUACUCCUUUGAGAGAAGAAGAAACCCUCACAGCUGGAGAUCAUGCAGACAGAGAUAUUUUGGAAGAUGAUGUGAACAGAGAAGGUCAAAAUAUAAGGGAAAAUGACACUAUCAUGGAAGCUCAAAAUGUAAGGGAAGAUGAAAAUAUCAGAAAAGAUGAAUCUUUAAGAGGACAUGAAAAUGUUGUAUCAAUGUCAAACAUUCCCCCUGGUGAUGAAACCCAUUUUCAUUCAGGGUUGACUAUUGAUGGAAAUGAAAGUGUAUCAAAUAGUGAUAUCAUCGCCAAGAUGAAAACCCAAAAGGGUCUUUGGGAAAAAUAUUGCUCAUUUUUUGAUGAUUUUGAGAGAAGAGUCUCAAACCACUAUGAAGGUAUACAUAGAAACCCCCCAGAUACUCUAUCUACAGGCUUGAAUAAAUUGGCCCUUGGGGAGCAAGAGGUUUCAAAUGUAAUCACAGUUGCCAAAAAUCAAAUCACAACAUCCUUCAUGUUCAUUUUAAUGCUGGCUCAAACUGGUCAGAAAGUAAAUCAGUCAUUGGAAAGAAUCUGGGAAAAUGGAUGGGCCCACUUAGAAACUUACUUUGAGAGAUGGAAAGAUUACAUUUUAUCCAACAAAGCUCCAAUUAAAUUUUAUGGUAGCAAAAAUUCUGUCAAAAGAAUUGACUGGUCCCAAGCCUCUGAAACAGUUAGAUACAUGGCUAUGCAUAACCAGCAGAACACCAUACCAUCACAGAUUUUAAGUUAUUUGAUUGACAGAUCUUACAGUGAUGUGGUUGAGUUAUAG